AUGGAGGCGGCAGUUUCUCUAUUCCAAAACCACAUGGCGGCGAGGGCGACGUCGACAAGCAUGCCCGUGUGCGCGGAGCUGUGCUUAGUCGAAUAUCUGCCAUCAUCAGCAUGCCAUGUGGCCUCCAAUAUCACGUGCAUCUGCACCAACGCCAACCUCACGGCACAGAUGACACAAUGCGUGACGGCGGGCUGCUCGGUCCGGGAUGCCCUGUUGACGGAGAGGUUUGACGCCACCACGUGCGGCUGGCCCGUCACCGAUGACUCGAUGGGCCUCAAGGUGAUCACGCCGCUGUUUGGUGUGCUCGCCGUCCUCUUCUUCCUGUGUCGCGUGUGGGCCCGGUCGCUCACCGGGCUGGCUGCCUCGUGGCAAACGGACGACUGGAUGGCCCUCGUGACGACGGCCUUUUCCAUCCCGCUGACGGUGGUAUCGUACCUCUUUGCGGCCCACGGCCUGGGCCACGACCUGUACAUGGUGGCCUUCGACGACAUCACCUUUGUGCUCGAGAUGUACUACUACUCGGAGAUUCUCUACCUCAUCGUCAUCUUCAUGACCAAGAUCUCUAUCUGCUUUUUCUACCUGCGCAUCUUCCCCAAAAAGGAAUUCCGAGUCCGCGUCUUCGCUAUCAUCGGCCUGUGCGCCGUCUGCGCCAUCGCCUUCACCAUCGUCACCAUCUUCCAGUGCACGCCCAUCCCCGGUGCAUGGCUUCGCUGGGACGGCACCUACGACGCCGUGUGCCGCGACGUUCAGACCCAGGCGCUGUGGGCCGCCGUCAUGUCCAUCAUCCUGGACGUGGCCACCAUCUUCCUGCCCAUGUCGGAGCUCUGGGCACUCAACAUGUCGCUGCGCAAGAAGCUCGGCGUCAUGACUAUGUUCGCGACGGGCAUUUUUGUGGUGGUUGUGCAGGUGCUGCGCAUCGUCUAUCUGCUCAAGUUCUCGGCAACCACAAACUUCACGCGUGACUACACCGCCACCAGCAUAUGGUCCAACGUUGAGGUCUACGUCGGCAUCAUGUGCGCCUGCUUUCCGCAGUGCCGCACCCUCCUGACCCGCUUCGGCCCGCGCAUUUUUGGCACCACGAUCAAGGCGCCCACCAAGGGCGGGCCCGACCCGGGCAUCCGCGUCACGACCAAGAUACACAGCCAGUUCUCGCAGAGGCCUACCCGCAAUGACGAGACGGACUUUGUGGAGCUGAGAUGCGCGGCUGGGCCGGAUGGCUUCAACUCGACAACCAACCUGCACCGCACCGCUGAAAAAGAUGGGCUGGGGUUCAAGGAGUCGGUUUGA